CUCUGUUCUACCAAAGGUCCCUGCUGGUCAGACCAGUUGUUGUUCAACACAAAGAGCAUGAGCAGCGCCCCCUGCUGACAGCAAGGAUUCAUUCAUCACAAGCUCUGCACGCAGGUUCUGGUUCUAAAGCGGCCUCGCUGCACUGGACAGCAGAACGAGUACUGAGUGUGGUUCUCCUGGCCCUGGGCCCUGCAGCGUAUUUUAACCCUGGUCCAGUGAUGGAUUACUCCCUGGCUGCUGCUCUGGUUCUGCAUGGACACUGGGGUCUGGGCCAGGUGUUAACAGACUAUGUUCACGGGGAAACAAAGGUCAGGAUUGCCAACGUGGGACUCUUCGUCCUGUCCACGGUCACCUUUGCUGGUCUUUGUUACUUCAACUACAACGACGUGGGGCUCUGUAAAGCUGUGGCUCUGCUCUGGAGCAAAUAAAACUGAUGAAAGAACAAGAAGCUCAGGAGAACAUAAAGCUUUGCUGCAAAUAUCUGUGGAUAAUUUGUAAAUUCCUGUACUAUUUUAUCAGUAAUGCAUCAAUGUACAUUUGGUUCCUGCUUGGUUUUUGUGUUGACUGGAAACAUUCAUUUCUGCUUAAAGUCUGUGGGAGAGAGGUUUUUGUUCAUCUCUAAUGUAAACUGAAGUUUUCAACAACAUCCUUGUUUCUGAUGAAGUGCUGCAGAAUACAGCUGUUUGACACCUUCGUUCAUGUUUGUCUGUUUGUUUCGAGCAUGAAGAGCAGCUCUACAGCCUUCAUCUGUUCGUCCCUCCACACCAAACCAGUUUGACUCAGAUCCACCUGGUGACAUGUUUAAUCACAGUAUUAAUUCACAGGAAAAGCUCUGUUGGUCUGAUUCAUUAAACAUGAAGCAGCUGAGAAAUGAA